CCAUCUUUGAAUCCAGAUGCAAGAGGUGAAUCAGAUAUAGUACUCUUAAACCGAUGGCGCGCUCGAAAUUAUGACGUUCAACGUGGGGAUAUUGUGUCUUUAGUAUCUGUUUUCUGGCACAGAAGGAGCCAAAAUGAAUGUUACAGACAACAGCAUACUAGAUACAACAUAUGAUUAUAUCUAUUCCGAGUCCACUGAAACUUUUGAGAAUUCUGGAACUUUCACUUUUCACUUUCUGCCUGCACUUUAUUGCCUGGCAUUUUCCUUUGGACUGGUGGGAAAUGUUUUGGUCAUCUUGGUACUGGUAUAUUAUAAGAAAUUACAAACAACCACUGAUGUUUAUCUCUUUAACAUGGCAGUCUCAGAUCUACUGUUUGUUGUCUCACUUCCAUUUAUUGCCUACACAAUCAAAAAUGAGUGGAUAUUUGGAAAUGCCAUGUGUAAAAUGUUAUCUACCAUAUAUUUUGUUGGUUUUUUUAGCAGUAUAUUCUUUAUAACUGUUAUGAGCGUAGACCGCUAUUUUGCAAUAGUCCAUGUUGUAUUUGCCCUUAAAGUUAGAAAUGUGAGAUGGGGGUUUAUUAUUAGUAUCAUAGUUUGGGUUUUGGCACUUUCCAUUUCUACUCCUAACUUUAUAUUUCAUAAAAUAGUGAUGACAGAUAAUUAUACAGAGUGUGUCCUCUCUUAUCCAGAGAACAAUGAGCAAAAUUGGAAAAUAUUCUGCAGUCUCUUAAUCAACAUUUUUGGUUUAGUUAUUCCACUUUUUAUAUUGUUAUUCAGUUAUGUUCACAUCCUUAAAACAUUACAGAACAGCAAAUGCAAGCAGAAAAGAUGUGCAAUUAGAUUAAUUCUUAUUGUUGGCAUUGUAUUUUUCCUUUUUUGGACCCCUUAUAAUGUAGUUGUUUUUUUAAACAUCUUGCAAAGCUCUGGUACAAUUGAUCUUGAGGCUGAACAGUUGCAAACUGCUACAGAUUUAACACACACCUUAUCUCUGGUCCACUGCUGUUUAAAUCCUAUCAUUUAUACAUUUGCUGGAGAAAAAUUCAGGGUGUAUCUGCGCUCAAUAAUUAACAAGCCACUGAAAUGUAUGCACUCAAGUAGGCUUGUGGGAUCAUAUAAAGCAUCAGUGACUGAUUAUGCAUCUUCUACCUCAAGAAUAAGUAAAGGUUCAUUCUCAUCAGAAUCAAUUCUGUAAUUUAGUCUCCUGAUAAAAAUGAUUAACAUGUGGACUUAAAGCAAACAGUGACUUAAAUAUAAUAGAAUGGAUAUGUUAAGGAUGUGAGCCCGUACCACAUUGCCUUGGUUAAGACAUUAACUAUAGCACUGCCAAAAACAGAAUAUGGAAAGGCUCUAGAUGCCCUAAAUAUGAAAGCGUUUAUGGCAGCAUUACACUGAAAAUUUCACCUAAAUUAGGCAUUUCUGUGGAGUUUCAACUCCAUUGAAAUGAAUCAGAUGAACCAGGCACAAGUAUAGUAAGCUUACACAAAAACCAGUGUAGCUACAAAAAUUGCACACAAAUGUACAUCUUGCACAGUUUUAUUGGCAAACAGUGCUUUCUAUGCAACUUUAUUACACAUCUUCUUGCAUUGGCUUAAUAAUUGUGCCAGCCUUUACAUUGUUUUAUAAAUAUACCCCUCUGUGUUUAAAGGCAAACCGAGAGCUUAUUAGUUUCGAGAUUUAAAAUUUGUCUCAAAAAUACUACUUUUAUUUCUUUUAAAGUUCAUAGAAAAAAGCAUAUUUUCCUCCAAUAUAAUGGAACAGAAGUAUUUUUAAAAUAUAUUGUUAUAUAUAAAUAUAUUGCAGAAUAUAUCUGAUAUUAGCUGCAAGUUACAUUUUUUGAUUUUCUAAUAUAUCUUGUGUUUUUUCGGUGUGGUCAUUUGUAUACUGUUGUAUACUACUCUUGCUUAUGUCUUCAGGAACUUGUAAAAAAUUUAGUAAAUAAGUUUGUGUUGUCUUCUAUAAAUGUGUUUGUCAUUCAGAUGAGAUAUUUUUGAUUCUACACAUCCUAUGCUAGUGACUAUAAAGCUUUGACAUUGCCCUCA